CAGUGGGUGCCGGGUAAUGGCGCGCAUGUCUGCUGUGUGAAGUGUCCGGUAAUGGCGGACAGUGCGAGAGGAGGAUGGCGGAGAAUGAGGCGCGAUUAAAGCCGCCGUCAUGUCUCCCGCACACAGGCGGUCUCUGAUAACGUGGGCGGCGGGGCUGAGCUUCGCUUUGCUGCUUUCCUUCUACAUCCUGGGUUGGUACCUCCUGGGCCUGCUGGCCGCGGCAUCCGCUUGGGUUUGUUACUGGUCCCCGCCGGGCGGAGGCCCCAGACCCGGGCCGCUGGUCCACCCGAGCCGCAUCAAAGCCUUUCUCCUGGGCAGCCGCUGGGUUGAGGCGGUGCACGGCAAACUCAACGGGGGGAGCGGUCAGUGGAAGGGGAGAGGUCGGAGUACCAGAGGUCGGUCUCAGCAGGGGCCGUGGAGUCCCAGCAAGGCCCCGGGCAACAACUGGAGGUGGGAGGUGAACUGCCAGGAGGACAGCCCGCUGCUGACGGCGGCUGCCAGCCCCCGGAGUUCGGCCGACCUCAUGAUGGGCAGCUACCUGUCGACCGAGAGCUCCGCGCUCUGCAGUAAGGAAUUGAAGAAUCGCUACAGUCGCUCGAAUGCCAUCCAGUCCCCGACCAGGAGGCUGUCUUUCGGGGAACAUCAAGCUAUGAUGAACAAAUUCACAGUGACUCCUCGCCGUCGGUAUCCUAUCCAUCAGCCCCAGUAUUCUGUACCUGGAACCCUUCCAACUGUCCGAUGGGAUGGCUACCAGAAGAAAAAUGUUUUGUCCUCUAGAAACUCUAUCAUGGUACAUAGUCCAGUGACUGUUAAAAUUGCACGUCCUGAUGCAAGUAUAAUUCGUUCACCUCUCAAUGCCAGAUUUGCCCGUUCUAUUAGACCAAUGAUGUCCCCUGCUGUGUCUCCUUUGAUUGACCCCUGCUCAAAAGCAACUGUGCUUAACGCACUAAAGGAAAGUCGGAAGAGAAUGGUGGAAGAUGAUCCUGAAAGAUCUUUGAUCUCUGAACACGAGAAUAAACGCAGACGCCAUGACAGUAGUGGAAGUGGUCAUUCUGCAUUUGAGCCCUUAUUGGCCAAUGGAGCUCCAGCUUCACUGGUUCCAAAACCUGGAACACUAAAGAGAGGCACCAAUUCCCAGUGUUCAGAUGACCCCCUUUCCAAACGGUCACGAACAUCCUCCAUUAGUUCACUGAACAGCAUAUGUGUGGGUGGGAAGCACAGUUCCGUUCGCAAUCCCAUUUUCAGUUCUUACAGUUCCACCCGGGGACAAAUCCAGGGCUUGAGGAACAUUCUCUCUGCACGAAAUACAACUCCACUCUCUAGCCCUGCUUCUUCACGUUCUGAAACUCCUGAAAGAUCAGGCAAGAAAAUAAGAGAGGAAGAAAUACAGAGAUCCAAUGCCUCUACCCCAGUUAGAGUGGACAGGCCAGAAAAAGACCAGUCUGUUGAAGAAGAAACUGUAACUCCGUGUCGAAAUUGUCACCUUCAACAGUGGAUUCUUCUCCUUUGGAUGGUGGGGAAGCGGAAACGGAAGAUUCCUCUCCUUACGAAAGGGAAAGGCGAUCAGCUUACUCUGCAUCCUCCAAUAGAACUUGGGUACACAAUUACUGCAGAUGAUAUGGACACUGAAAAGAGAGCACGUCUUGACAGGAUUAAGAAGGUGUUUGCAGGAGAAGGAAGUAAACUUAGCAAAGGGCCUGAAAUGAGUGUGACUGCAUGUACUGGGAAUUCUUCAACUCCAAGCACAAGUUUUAACCUGUCGAGCACAGUGGCUGUAAUCCCAACAGGGAUUAGCACCACGGUUUCUUCAUCUGUCAGCGUACCUGAGUUUAAGCCAGUGUUUGGUCUGCCAGUGACGCAGCCGACGACUAUCACACCAACAACGUUGAGUUCGGGAAUGCCACUUACUACACCCGUAAGCUUGGUAGCACCAGUAACAUCAAACUGUGCCACCUCAAUCAUUCCAUUCAAGCCGGUGUUUGGAAACUCUAUGACACCUACAACUGCCACCACCACAUCUGCACCUUUUACUUUUGGCCAGUCAGUUCAAGCAGUGGUUAAUAAUGAAGCCCCUCCUCCCACAACUUCAACACAAUCAAAUUCAACUCUGUUCCAAUUUGGAGCCACCGGUGCAUUAACAAGCUCAAACAUUGAUUCAGAAGUGAAGUGCUCGAAAGCUGCAAUUAGUUUUGGCUUAAAUGAAACUGUUCCUUCAAAACAAAAUAUAGCUCCUGCAGUAAGCAACAACCUGUCAAGCCAGCAACAAUUUCAGUUUGGUUCAAACCCAUCAACAGCAACUACUGCUGCACCAAGCACGGUCUUCCAGUUUGGGAAGACCUCUGCAGAUGCCACUGCAACAACAGCUGGCUUGUCCGUUCCUGUCUUUGGACAGCCAAAAGUAGUUACAAGCCAGGCAUCAACAGGCAUUGCAGCUACUUCGAAUAUGUUUGGGAAUUUUACCCCUUCUGUGUCAACACCUUCGACCACUUCAAGUGUUCAGCUCACACAUACGUUUGGAAACUCAGGAAAGACCUCCCUAUUUGGUAAUGCCACAAGCACACCACCCUUUGGGGCCCCGACAGCCUUUGGAGGCACAAGCAGUCAGUCAUUGUUUGGAGCUAAUGCUGCAGCAACUCAACAAACCCCGAGUAAACCCCCUUCCUUUGGCAAUAUUGUUACUCCCUUCAACUUUGGCGCUACGCCCACAAAGCCAGCAUUUCAGAGUACCACUUCACAGUCUGCAUUUGGAACUCCAAGCCAGCCAGUGUUUGGGGGCAUUACAGCUCAGACUGCAUUUGGGUCAACUUCUACACAACCAGCUUUUGGUGGCACCUCAGUAGGUUUCUCAUUUGGUACAACCACCUCUUCCACUGCUGCUCCAAUGUUCAGUGCUACUAAGAGUUCAGGUAGUGGUACAACUGGUUCAAUCUUUGGUUCCGCACAAGGUUUUGGCUCCUCAAGCCAGCCAGCCAUAACGACCAGUGGUUUCAAUGUUGCUGCCUCAAAUCCAAACAUAGCUACAGCUGGCUUCUUCGGUUCAGGUCAGAGCGGAUUUUGUGCUUCAAACCCUUCCAUCCCGUUUGCUACUUCCACCCCGACAUCAUCAUCAUCUCAAAAUAUGUUUGGGUCCUCAUUGACUAACCAAGGGACACAGAACCAGAGUACUCCACAGUUUACUUUGGAGCUGCAAACGCAGUUGAGAAUAAGGCUACUUUUGGAGCAAUGUUUGAUCAGAAAAGCAGAAACCCGUGGAAUCAGAAAGAAGGUGACAAGUCGGAUUGAAAAUUUACUAAUGGCAGAAAGGUUCAACUUUGGAACUCCCAGUUUGAAUUUUGGGACUGGGACUACUGCGCCUGGAUUUGGACAGAGUACUCCAAGUGUGAACUUUUCCUUUGGGACCACUAAUACUCCAGCAUCAAGCUUUGGGAGUCCAGGAGCAGGCACAGCAACAGCAUCAGCAUUUGCAGGAACACCGUCCUUUUCUAUAGGAGCUGGAUCUCGAUCUACUGGAGGCAGACAGAGAUUGCAGGCUAGACGACAGCACAUACGGAAGAGAUAGACAUUUGGGAAUGUGAAUAGUGCAAAUGAGCAUGUUGACUAUUCUGAAACAAUUACCACUUUUUACUUUUGUACCCUAAACAAUGCCAGUCGUGGAUGUGCAGGCAACUGACCUCAAAAGAUGAGAAUAUAUACUUGAGAAAAAUUCUGUUUAAAUUUAGGUCUUUUUUUCUGGGCUUGAACUGUCAGAACAAAUGGCUUAUGGCUGCUGAAAAAAGUUUCUCUGCAACAAUGCGAGAAGCUCAUUGGACUACAGUGAAGUCCUCGUCUUAAGUUUGUACACGUUCUUCAAAACUGGCCAUUACAGAAUGGUGAUCUCAGUUUGGUUCAGGGUACAGCAGUAAUGGGUGACACAGUAAGCAACAGACAUAGCUUUACUUGAAACUUUCUACUUUAAAGGUUGCUGUAAGAUGCAAUUUGAAAACCUUUCUGGACUGACUUUUUUUUGUACAUACUGCUGCAUUUUCUUUUUCUGGGGCGGGGGGGGAACACUUAAGGGCACAAUUCCCAGUAAAAGCACCGUUUUCUGUGGUGUCUUUGUGUCCAAAGGCAAACUGAACUGGAGGCUGAUGUUAACUUCUUUAUCUCUUCAUUCUUUUUCCCUUUUCCUUGAAUACUUUUAUUCAUUUUGAAUAUUUCUGACAAGAAUUCUAAACCUUCCUAAAGCCACCUUUUUGUUUUUGGGAUAAGAAAAUGUUAUGCCUGUUUGAGUUUCUUCUCAACAUUUUUGCUAUGCUACCUACCUCUCAUCUUUUUUUCCCUCCUGUGAGUGGAUUUUAAGCCUUUUUAAAUCUUUAUUUAGUAGAUAAGGGAAGCAAAACCAAAUUGCUUUCCCUUCUGUGCUACUCUUCUUUUUCUCCCCCCCUUCCUCCACCCCCCCCCCCCCCAAAUUGUCAGAUUAUUUUUUACAUACAGUAAUGUUAUCAGUGUUUGCUUGUAUAUCUCAUGUUUUUGCUCAGUGAAUCGAGUUUGGAGGAAAAAUGUCAAUGUAUGUGUGGCGGCAUGUUAGUAAUGCCGGAUCUGGCUGGUUCAUUGGAUAUAUGUUAAUCUGACUCUUGCUAAUCUGUGAUAGUGUUUUGCUACUAUAACUGCGUGACACAUUAAGCAGUGUUCUCUGGAGAAAUGGCAGUCAUGGCUAGUUUUGGAGGUGGUUCCCAUCGUACAAUGUAGGACUCUCAAAAAAAGAACAGAUUUCAGAAGUCUGGUGCUAUAAUAAUUAAAGAAAAAGUACAAAUUACUUCAGCUUAUACCAAAACUUUGGCUGGCAUUGUUGAGAAUUGUACAUGUAUACUGUGUAUAUUUUAACCUCAACUAGAUAUUUGCAUCUUAUUUUGGGUGCAGCUCUGAAAUGUGCCUAUUUUAAUUUUAUUUAAAAACAAAUUAACUUUUCAAAGCUUUUUGUUUAAAAAGUGAUUCACCAAACUUUUUGAAUAAUCUUUAGUGUCUUUAGAUUGUAUUAGAAGAAAUAACCAAACUGGGUAUAUAAUUAUGUUGAACAGUGCUUUGUGUAACUGGUGGGAUACUUGUGGAAAGAGUUACAGAAACUUUGUCAGCUCUUGCCACAAUAGUCUGGUAUGAGUGGAGCUUAAGUCCAUUGUAACCACUCUAGCGGUUGUUCCACAGUUUAUAUGCCCAGUUCACGCUAGGUUAAAAAAUCUAAUUUUUUUUUUGGAAAACUGGAUGUUUUGCUUUUAGUAAAUCUUGUUACAUACACAUGAGCAGAGCUUAUCAGGAACCAGAAUUGUGUUGGGCAACCUACCACUUCCAGUAAUGGAGAUCCUUAGGGCUCCCAAUUUUUGGUGCUGUAAAAAUUUCAGGAUGGUCAGGCUUUCAAAUGAUUCUAUUUCCCCCAUGCCCUGUAUCCCACAAAAUGCAUACCUUUUGUUUUGAGGAUGUGUGACUACUCUGAAGGAAGAAGGAUGAUGCAGAGUGUUACAGGUUACCACAGGGAGAUCUGAGCCAUCCUCUUAGCAGUUCGAUGCCCACCUGUGAUCUGGAAAAGCUUUGGAAAUGGCUCCAGGUGUAGGGAGGAAUAACAAGUGAGUGUGCCACACAGGUUGAUCAUUUGAUGCAGGGACUAUUUGUUUUUGAAAACUUGGAAAUGUUGUAACUUUGAAUGGAGAAGUUGCUGUUUCCAUGUGGUGAGGCAACUGGAUUCGAGAGCACUCUUUGUGUUUAUUUCCCCAAGAAAGUGUGUUUGCCUGACCUGCUUUCUCCUGCUCCACCUCCACCCCCACUUCCCAUGGUAUUUUUCAUGUUGCAAACGAUAUUUAAUAGGUAUUUUCAUGGUUCUCACAGGCAAGCACCCAGUAAGGCCUUGCGCUGGGUAGUUUUAUGAGACAGUGCUUUCCCUCACCGUCUAUGGAACAAGUCACCUUCCUGUAGCAAAGACUGCCUGACUUGGGGAAGUGCAAGUAAUUUACAAAAUCAAGGGCAAUGGUAAUCAGAGGACAAAUAGGGAGGGGGUUUAGGUGGUGGUGGUUGUAGAAGGUAAGAAGUUGAUAUGAUCUCUCUUACAGCACCCAAUCAUUGAUUGCAUUUAUUACUCCAUUAAAAGACACUACGAUCUAAUGAUUUAUAAAUUCAUUUUCAGAGUGUUGUAAUAUUUUCAUUGGCAUGGUUUUAAGAUAAUUCUGCUGAUCUAAGUGAGUAGACAGACUGAAGGAUCCUCCUCAUCCAGUAUAAUGGCUGCCAUUUUGUGACGUCUGAGUAUGAAUGUGUGCGGGUGAUUGGCGACUUCUAAAUUUAGAUAAAAUUGUUUAAAAAAAAGAGCAAAAUAAAUUUUAUUUUUAUAUUUAAGCAAAAACUGCCUUCUAUGUUCCUUCAAGCUUGGUUCAUUGAGACUUAAUGCUACACUGGUUAAAUAGUAUGAUACUUCUGAUAAACAAUUGUAUGUACAAAUUGGUUUUUAAAUAUGAACUAUGAAGUUGGUGUGAGUAAGUUUUGGAAACAAACCAAUGGUGUGUGGAAAAACAGUUGGGAUACUGUAAUUUUUCUUGCUGAAAGUUGCACAUAGGCUGAUAUACUCACGCCUGUAUUUGGGCCAAAACAAUAUUGAUAAAACUUGGAUGCCAUUUAUAAACUUUUUUUUGACAUUUUCUUUUGACAGCUGAUAAGUGUUUGCUUAAUAUGUGCGAUAUUGAUAGGAUUCAAGAAUCAGCUGUAAUGUUCGUAACAUAUCUAUUUCCAGAUUUAACUUCAGAAUGACUGAUCUGAAACCAAGGUGCUAUCUGAUCAUAAUGCAGGGCUCCAACAAUUGAAGUUCUCUGCUGCACAAUAGUUCAAAUGAAAAUGAGAGGGAUCAAUCAGUUUUAUUCAUCUUUAGAGGGGAUGAACUAGAAUUAGCACUAAGCUAUAGAGGCAAAAGAUCUCAGUCUCUGCUGAGUUAGCAGAAUACAGUUGGGUUGGCUGUAUGGAUGUUUAAGUACAGAAGGGAAAAGAAAUUAGCCAUAUGUUCUGUUUCUAAUCACUAUCCAUUGAUAACUACUGGAAAGUGCUCUUGUCUGGAUAUUGUGUAAACACAAGAACUCUUGGAUGUGAUGCCAAAUUGCCAGGUACCAAUUAAUCAUCAGUCUUCUGUUUAAAAUGGAAGGAGACGAACAUUUUUAUUAAAAAUAAUUACGUUUUCUUCGGUUGUUUUCUAUUAAUUAUCAAAAGUAUGGUAGUGGAAAUGUAAUAAUGCUGACUUCAUCAACAGUUACUGUUUUCAUUCAAUUGCCCUGGAUUUAGACAAUGAAAAGUCUAUGACUGAUAAUCAGUGGAAUCUCAAGCGGUGCACAUUGGGGUACUAAAACUUUGAAAUGAACAUCUAUUUUAAACAAAGUCAGACUGCUCUUUGCUCAAAAAAAUGAGCAAUUUUUUGAUAAAUUUGUUUUUGAGAUGCAACUUACUCUAUUCCUUUGCACUUUGCUACUUUAAUGCCCAGGUUUCCUCUUUAGAAAUGUACUCCAAAUGUACUCCAUCAUGAGGUAAAUGUGUCUGUUGACUCCACUCCCACCCACAUUUGGUUACUAUCACAUUGGAAAUUACUUAGCACGGGACACUGCCAAGGGUCUUUAGUUUAAAUCUCAUUAAGCAGUGCACUUAGUAGCUAAAUGAAAGGAAGCUGGUGGGGGCAUCUCUUACAGUAACAUAAUCAUUCCGCACACAAAUGCUAAGCUUGGUCCGGUGUUUAACUGUGAAAAUCAAAAACAUCCCCAAUUCAUUAUUGGCAUUCCCUGUUGUAACUGCUCUGAGAUGGGUAGUUGUGAUUAAGUCCCAGAGAGAAAAAUGAUCCAAGUUGCCCAUAAUAAUUUUCACGUGCUCUUUCUAAUGUGCACGUUAGGCACAGGAGAAUAGGAUUGCACUCAACUGUGGUCGCUUUGAACUACCUGCUGACCCUUUUCUGGAAUGUGCAAUGCAAAGUACUAAUGAUGUGAUCUGUGCAAGACUGCAUCAUGUCAAGAGACAGCCUUCGGGAAAGGAAGGAAGGAAGGAAAAGGUCAAUAUCUGGGUGUGAUUUAACUUUUUUAUGAGGUGAUACUUUACUUUCUUGUCAGUUAUGCAUACUGUAGUGUUAAAUCUGACUUCAGAAGCCUCUGUCCUCAAACAUCCACUUUAUUUUAGCUUUAAGAACUGUGAAUUCAACACCGAUGGUUUUUUGGGGGUCGUACCCCUAAAAACGUGGCAGUCAGGAUUUCUUUCCUCCGUUCCUGCUGUUAGGUAUAAAGAUGUUUUCCAAAUUUAACAUCUUUGAAAUUAGCUAUGUAAAUACAUUUUAUUGCUGCUGAAUAAAUAUUAAGUGAAAGAUACUACUGACAACUUUGGCAGCAAAUGGAUAAUUUCCAAAAAUGUUGAUCAUGGGACUAGUAAAUGAAGUGCACUGGAGACAUUCAACUUAUUAAACUUAAUUUAUGCCCAUUUCUCCCUUUUAACUUGAUGCUUCUGCGCAUCCUGUCUUUGGUGAACAAGACACUGAGCCAGUAAACCUUUUGCCACAGCAAGAUACCUGAUAGGUGCUUGGCAAUGCAUUUUAACUUUUUAAGUGAGUAUCACAAAGAAUAUUUUGCUUAAUUAAAGGCAGCUCACUGCACUAACUCACUUCCCACUUUCUAUUUACCAGAUUAUUUAAAUCGGGGGUUUUAAUCUUUGGUCUUGGUUCACAUAGGUGGGUGCUCAGGAGCCCCCUUACGCUGUGUAAUCAUUUACAGAUUUCUUCCCAUUCAUAUGCAGAUAUCUCAAAUAGCAAAUAUUAUAAGGCCUUUAUGAUUUAGGUUUUCUGCAACACAGGUAAUUAAUUUUGAAUGGUCCUUUCCAAACUGUCAAGGCCACAAUUCAGCUAAAUCAAACCUCUUUGCAAAUGGGUCAGCAUUUCUGGGGUGCAGGGCUUGCAGCAAGCUGUCUUCUGGGCAUCUCUUUGAGUGAAUUUGUAGGUCUAUGUAACUGCUUAGUUAAGUGAAUUGACGCACUUUUUGUUUUGUCAUUUUAUUUCAGUAUCUGCGGCUAUGUUGAUGGUCUGAAGUUAAUGCUGAUUGAAUGGCCCAGAAGGGCCAAAAAUUAAAUUAAAACCAGUAUCUCAUUUUGAUGUAUUUACCAGAUUGCUAAUAAGAUCUUUGUUUUCUGGCUUUUUGAUGGAGAACUAUUUGUUGCGUUUCUCCAAUUCCAACAACAAAAACAUUGAUUUUAGGGUAUAGUGCUUUGCCAAUGACAAAUACUGAGCUCGCAGCUGAAAAUCACAAUUCAGAAUGGUUUGGCACCAUUUUGUACACAAGGAUCUCCUAUAGAAAAUCAAGUCUCUUCUAUAUGACACCCAAGGGGACGCCUAUGUCCUUUAUCCCAAAGAGCAUGAUUUAAUACAAGGUAGAUCAGAAAUGUAAAAGUGAGAAUUAUUACAGAAUUGUGAUCCUGUAACUGUGAUCUGAUUUCCCUUCUGAAUAGAACAUGCAAUAUUCCUGAAAGGCUCCAUCCAACAUUAACAUUGCAGUUUUGUGCAUCUGAGUUGUGCAGUAAGCAAUGUGAGGUGGGAGUCUCCUGAAAAUGUAUGUGAAACAAUCAGUUUAAAAUUGAUUAAAGGGAGGUAGUCCAUCAAAUAUCGAAAACCAUAUAACAACCCCAUUGUUUUUAAUGUGUUUGACUUUUUCAUAUUCCUUUCACCAAGCAAACUUCUGUGACCUCCUGGUUUCCCAUCAGUGCUACUCUUCACUUUGAAAACAGGUGACAACAGUAGGUGCCUUGGGGCAGCUCAGACUCGAGUUCAGACUCGGCUUUAGAAGAAGUGAAGACCCUUUACUCCCCGUUUGUCCAGCUGUGACUCUGUAGGAAGUUCGUGUGUAGGAGGGUGUCAAUUGGCACAGUCCAUGGUGCAGAAUUUUUUUUUGAACAAAUAUUUCUCUGCACAGUCUUUGGACAAUCUUAAUUUAUAGAAACCCCCAUUCCCCAUCGCCUUGGUUGUAAACCUAUGUUACGACGUCAGUUGCUUAAAAGCUUCUUAUUCCAGAAAGCCCAUAUUACUUGCACAGAUUUAUUUAUUUAUUAGAUCAUUGUCCAAUAAAUUUAAGCUUCAUCAAACUUCUACCCCUACUAUUUGUCCUAAAUUAUGCUAAACCUGCACACAAACUCACGGAAAUACAUUUUGUUGAUUUCCUUAAUGCAGCAUUCAUCAAGCAUUGAAUUGUUUGUGUUUGCCCUCUACCAGGCCACUGGAUGGAGCACUCUGGCAGCAGAAGUGCCUUUUUGUGAGGAAGGAAACCGUACCUGACGUAAUGGCCAUUGUGGCCAGCUCAAACAAGUGACUCGAACAACCAGAGUUAAAAAAACAGGUUAUGCAAAUCAGAAUUAAUUUGCUCUUUUACAAAACACACCUUUUAAAUUUUUAUCACAGAAUUUUAAAAAAACAUGAAAAUUGGCCGUCUAUCCCUUGCAUCCCACAUCUCUGUCCAAACACUAUUGUGGGGUUGGGGAGCUGCCGGUCUGUCAUUUUGUGACUCAUUGCAAAAUAUCUAUUUAUGCUUCAUUUAAUUUGUCAAAAGGCUGGAUUUAUUAAGUCCCCUUAUCUUCCUUUAAAAUGCGUGAGAUUUGCCUUGUGUCUGGAUAAUGUUUAAACAUACUGUUUUGACCCAGAAGGGCAUUUGGAGUAAAAACCUAUGUACAUCAAGACUGAAUAUGCAGCAAGAAAUGCUUUGAUCCCAAUGGCGUGUGUGGUCCUUGGUGACUUUGAAUGCUAACAAACAUGUGAGGGAUGAAUGUUGCUGAGUAACUCGUAGAAUGGGUGGAUGCGGAGAUAUUAGUAUGCUUUAAAAACAUUGUAGAUUUCUAUCAUUGCAACUUGGCUUGAUAGAACUAGUGAGUGAAUGUGCAGAUGUAGAGCUGGCUGAGUGCAGAGAUAUGAUUUUUUUGCUUAUGUCAUUAAAUGGAGAUAGUUUUAAAUAAAAAGCUGUGAUUACAAA